CUCACUUCACGAUACCAGGCACACAACUAAGACUCAAACCACCACGUGAGAACCGACACAUCACACAUCCUCUUUUUUUUGCCUAUUCACAUUUCCUACUGUAUACAGCAACAUAACAAGGGCAGCGAGCGCAAAGAGACACGUGAUUGCGGGAUACAAACUUUUCUCUCGAAAGCUGCUCGACGCAAACCACCAACCUUUCACCACUUACACGUCGAUACAUUUCAACACCAAACCGGUCUCACAACCAUACCAUUUUAUACCCGGGGCCGCACUACCAAACACCACAUUGAACACCAAACCGCAAAACCACCAACACAUCCAAGAUGUCCCAACCAACCUUCUACGAAAUCCUCUCCCUCUCACCCACCACCUCCGACCUCACCCCCGCCUCGAUCAAACAAGCCUACCGCCGCGCCCUCCUCACCCACCACCCCGACAAGUCUUCCUCUAACUUCUCCUCCUCUACCUCCAACAGCCACUCCAACAGCCACCCCAAAGGACAUCACCCCCCAAAAACACGCUACACAAUCGACCAAAUCUCCCUCGCAUACACCACCCUCUCCUCCCCCACUCUACGGACCCAAUACGACGCCGCCCUUCGCUCUUCUUCAUCUUCUUCUUCUUCUUGCUUCACUACUACUAGGAAAGAAGAAGACGACGACUUCCAAACAGGCAUCGACACCAUCGACCUAGACGACAUGGUUUUCGUACCACACGAGACCUCGUCCUCCGCUGGUAUUAGUCGUAAUGAAAAAGACACAUGGUACCGCCCCUGCCGGUGCGGCAACGAGCGGGGCUUCGCCCUAACGGAAGAAGACCUGGAAGAGAAUGCCGACUUGGGGGAGGUGUUGGUUCAGUGCGCGGAUUGUACGAUUUGGUUGCGGGUUUGUUAUGUGGUUGCUGAGGAUGAUGAGGAGGAGGAGGAGGAGAAGGAGGAGAAUGGGGAUGGGGAUGGGUAUGAGGAAGAGAAGAGGAAGAGGUAGUGGGGAGGCAUCAUCAUCAUGGCUAUUAGGAAGACUUGCUGUGGGUAUAUAAGUGGUCAAUCGGGAACAGAAGAAGGAGGUGAGUGGGCUGGAUCGGAUCAAUGGGAUCAACGAAAAGUAGAGGGGUUGUGGUGGUGGUGAUCUUGAGGGAGACGGCCAUCUGUGAGUGAUGGGUCAGAAUCUGGCAGGAAUAUGUUGCUAUGGUCACUCAGAAAAAUACCCGGGUACCAGGACGACUUUCGGAAUCACUAGCUUAGUUUGAGGAAGGUGGAGGCAUAAACGAAAAUCAC